UGACACACAAAGCAAUUCCAGUAACUCAUCAGUCAUUACUCAAUCCAACGGCAGAGAAUCAUCCCAUUUCACAUUUUUUGGACAUCACACUCUCGUACUCGCGCAUCAACGCGAAGAUCGCUUUGCUUCUCCCAAAUUUUGGAUGUGUCGGCCAUCUUUCUGAUUCAUGGAUUUGGUUAAGGAAGUCAGUGAAGUUGACAGUGCUGUGGAAGUAAAAACACUUUCUGUAGAAGGAGAUGGAAUUCUAGAACCACAUGUAGGUAUGGAAUUUGAAUCUGAAGAUGCUGCCAGGAGAUUCUACAUAGAGUAUGCCAGAAGGGUAGGCUUUGUUGUGCGUAUUAUGCAACGGCGUCGUUCCGGGAUUGAUGGGAGAACCCUUGCUCGUCGACUUGGAUGUAAUAAACAGGGGUUCUCACCUAAUCAUAAGAGCACAAUUGGACCAGAUAAGAAAACAAGAUCUAGUGCACGGGAAGGGUGCAAGGCAACCAUCCUGGUGAAGAUGGAAAAGUCUGGAAAAUGGGUUGUUACAAGAUUUGAAAAAGAUCAUAAUCAUCCUCUGGUUGUUACUGCUAACGGAUUCAGUACAACGGGUGACAAAGAUAAGAAAAUUGAAGAACUAACUAAAGAGUUGGAGCAUCAGGAGCAAUUAUGUGCAGUUUACAGAGAAAGGUUGCUUAGUUUUAUGAAUAAUGUUGAGGAGCAAACUGAAGAACUGUCUUCAAAAAUUAAAGUGAUCAUUGACAAUGUGAGGAAAGUUGAAUCUGAAGUGCAAAAGUUUUCCAACCGUAGAUAGCCCUAGCAUUUGACAUGAGCAUUUAGGUAUUGUCAUGGGUACAUUUGAUCAUGCACAGUAUGUAUUAGGAUCAAUUUCUUGUACUCAACUUGUUUAGCACUCAGUGAGCUGUAACAGUACUAAUUAGAUGCAAUAGAAAUUUCACACGGUUGGCUCUCCCUAAUAUAAA